AAAAACAUUGAUCUGAAGAAACUGCUCAUGCGCGAGAAACAUCAAAACAAGCACAAAGCCAGCUGUCAAAUCGUUGCAACACCGGCGAACAUUACACAAUGUGUUACUAGGCUUUUAGACGCAUCUUCUAUUGGAGACCGGAUGUGGUGAUCAAAGCGUUUAUUUACCAGAUAGAUCACAUCCACCCUCACUGUGCCACUGCCUCGGUCAUGGACACAGGUUCAGUAGCAGGUAGGACCAGUUCGGUCUCCGAAGAGAUGGAGGGGAUAUGUGUGAUGCCAGAUAUGAGCAACAUCAAGUCGGAACACCCGGGUGGGAGUGUGGAUGACACAGGUGCACAGAACGUGGCCAUGGGGAUCAAGUUCAUCCUGCCCAACCGCUUUGAUAUGAACGUGUGCUCAAGGUUCGUCAAGUCGCUCAACGAGGAGGACAGCAAAAACAUCCAGGACCAGGUCAAUUCCGACUUGGAGGUGGCGUCUGUUUUAUUUAAAGCCGAGUGUAAUAUUCAGACGUCGCCCUCACCAGGGAUACAAGUGCGUCAUGUUUACACCCCAUCCACCACCAAACACUUCUCCCCCAUCAAACAGUCGACAACACUCACCAACAAGCACCGUGGAAACGAGGUGUCCUCCACUCCUCUUCUAGUCCACUCCCUGUCCAUUCACCAGCUGGCAGCACAGGGAGAAAUGGUGUUCUUGGCCAGCAGGAUUGAACAAGGUGGCAAUGUCCCUCAGGAGACAGUGAUUAACCUGCAGGAUGAGGAAGGCUUCACCCCCCUGAUGUGGGCCGCAGCACACGGACAGAUAGCUGUCGUAGAGUUCCUGCUCCAGAACGGAGCGGACCCCAACCUGUUGGCUAAAGGCAGAGAGAGCGCUCUGUCUCUGGCCUGCAGCAAGGGAUACACAGACAUCGUGAAGAUGCUCAUCGACUGUGGCGUGGAUGUCAAUGAAUAUGACUGGAACGGAGGGGUUCCCGUUCUCUACGCUGUCCAUGGAAACCAUUUGCGUUGUGUGGAAAUUCUCCUAGAAAGUGGCGCCGACCCCACCAUUGAGUCUGACUCUGGCUUCAACGCUAUGGAUAUGGCUGUGGCAAUGGGCCAUAGGAAUGUUCAACAGGUGAUGGAGGCCCACUUACUGAAGCUGCUGAUGGGGAUCAGAGAGUAACCCUUUAACCUGGGGCACAAGAGGGACUGCCUGUGAAUGGAAAUACAGUGGACACCAUAAAGAAUGGAUCAUGUUGGAUCAUGUUGAGACUUAUCUGUUAGGGUGAAGCACAGGUGUGAAUGGUUUUGAUGAAGCAUGUGAGUAUUUAUGGAGACCUGCAACUCAAAUGUGUCAGUUUCAGGCCACCGUUCUGGGUAGAUGCUUUUUUCUUUCAGUUUAGUUUGUUAUGAUGUAAAUAAGUUUCGAGCCAAAUGCUAAUGUAAAAGUAGUGCUUAAACCCGAACGUCUGCUCUAAUCAUGCAUUGAUAUCAAUGGAAGAUUUUUGAAAUUUAAAGUGCACAAUUUUCAUUUGAGAAUUUUGCUCCUCAAGUAACGGGUAAACACUAUAAAGUUGGGAUGAAAUUAAGUAGGUCAAAUGGAUUGCUUUGGGAAAAAUGUGUGGAUGCUUCUGUAGGUAAAAUGUUUUAAUUUGUUUUUGUUUAUGACUGACUUACAUUGGAGCAAAUGAGUUGUUUUGAAGGGAAAAAGAAACCGCACAUUGCUCUUGAUAGUAUCACUGAUAUUUAAUAAGCUUACGUAUCGGCCUCACGGCCCCGGUCAGAGCUUUUGUGAUUUUAUUUUAAAUUAGCACCCUUAUGUAGACCUGGCCCCACCCACAUCCGUUCCUCACAUCGAAAUGGGUUGGAGGCAAAGGAAAAACAAAUAAAUGCUACCAAAUAUAACAA